AUGCAGAAUGAUUAUCUGUCAACCACACGGUCACCGAUAAAUUUUAGUACGUACGAGGCCUGUCCCGAGGAGUUGUAUCCUACCUUAGCUGCUUUCAGUUCCGCAUAUCACCGGAUUCACGUCUUUUUAUCUCUGAUUCUUUGCAUUUUUGGAAUCUGCCUCAACGCUCUAAAUGUGGUUGUGCUAUGUCAGAAGCACAUGCGGAACUCGAACAACUUGCUUCUUUCUAGCCUGGCCAUUUCAGAUGGCAUGGUGAUGGUAAUCUACAUAAUCUAUGAUCUUGGAUUUCGACUGGUAGCUCGCUUAGAGAACGGCAUGACAAAGGAGUAUGCUCACCUCUUGCUGGUGUGUAUCGUGGGCCAAAAUUUGUUUCACACGUUUUCAACAUGGAUAAUCGUCGUACUUGCCGCAUAUCGCCUACUCUAUAUACACGCAGGCCCUCAGGCAAGAGUUGUGUGUGCCCCUCUUCGAGUUUGGCUCGCCAUUGCCAUGGUCGCACUCGUAUCGAUGGUUCUUACCAUUCCUCUUGCCUUUGCUCAUGAAGUGACUCAUUACCGAAAACCAAAUUGCAAUGGUUUAAAACUAUACGAGGUUGAUUAUGUAGAUAACGCUGUACUUCAAACAAUCCUCUUUUACAAUUCCGCUCUGCUAGUCAAGGCUAUCCCAAUCCUCCUUAUGUGGAUUUUAAGCAUAGUAUUGAUAAAGAAGAUCCGUGAAACCCAGAUGAUCAGGCGAAGACUGCUACCGCUGGAAACCAUGCGGUCGUCACUCACACUGUCUUCGCCCACCACCGGCUGUUCUGUAGAAGAGCACAGAAUUCAAAAGCUGCGCUGGUUCUUCUUCAAGUCCUGUGGAGGUUUUGAUAAUUGUCGACAAUCUGCUCAGCCUACCAAAAUGCUGCUAGCAGUAGCGCUAAUGUACAUACUUACCUAUCUACCCCAGUCCGUGAUGCUGAUCCUCAAUCGUUACAUGGGCCGAUGCUUUCAGGUGCAGGUGUACGAGCGACUGGGUGAUAUGAUGGACCUCAUGACUCUGAGCAACAAUGGUAUCACUUUUGUCAUCUACUGCGCGAUGUCCGCACAAUUUAGAGACACAUUCAUGGCCCUCCUUGCUUUCGGCAGAAGAAAGAAGGACCGCCUCUAA